AUGAAGUGGUUUGGGGUCCUGGGGCUGGUGGCACUCUCUGACUGCCUGGCCAUAAUCCCUCUGAGGAAGAUCAGAUCUAUACGUGAGAACCUGCGGGAAGACGGCAGGCUGAAGGAGUUCCUGGACAAGUACCCCUACAGGACACUCAACUUUCUGGACCAGCAUCUGCCCUACCAGGGAGUAGCUCAUGAACCCAUGAGAAACUACCUGGAUCUGGCCUACCUGGGCCUCGUUAGCAUUGGCACGCCCCCUCAGGAGUUCAAGGUCGUCCUGGACACAGGUUCAGCCACACUAUGGGUGCCAAGCAUCUACUGCUCCAGCCAGGCCUGCGCUAAACACAAGGCCUUCAACCCGCUGCUCUCCUCCACCUUCCUGGUCUCUGGCCGGCCCGUACACAUCGCCUAUGGUUCAGGGAAGAUGUCAGGGUUUCUGGCCUAUGACACGGUUAAGAUUGGGGGCCUGGUGGAUGUAGCCCAGGCCUUUGGCUUGAGCCUGGAGGAGCCCGGCGAGUUCAUGGAGUAUGCGGUCUUCGAUGGCAUUCUGGGGCUGAGCUACCCCAGCCUUGGCCUUCAGGGAGCCACACCGGUCUUCGACAGCCUGUGGGAACAAGGCCUGCUCUCUCAGAACCUCUUUGCUUUCUACUUGAGCAGCAAGGAAGAAACGGGCAGCGUAUUGAUGCUGGGUGGGGUGGACCCCUCCUACUACCAUGGAGACCUGAACUGGGUGCCCGUGUCCAAGCCUAAGUACUGGCAGGUAGCCAUGGACAGUAUCUCUGUGAACGGGGAGGUUGUUGCCUGUGACGGUGGCUGCCAAGGCAUUCUAGACACCGGCACCUCCUUGCUGACUGGCCCGCGUGACUCUGUCCUCAAGAUCCAGAAGGUCAUCAACGCCAAGCCCUACGGCGGUGAGUAUAUCCUCGACUGUGGCACCAUCAACAGCCUCCCUGACAUUGUUUUCACCAUCAAUGGCAUCCACUACCCAGUGCCAGCCAGUGCCUACAUAAAGAAGGCCCAUGCACACACCUGCCUCAGCAACUUUGAACAAGGCGUGAACAACCUGUCCGACACUGAGGUCUGGGUCCUGGGAGAUGUAUUCCUGAGGCUGUAUUUCUCCGUGUUUGACCGGGAGAACAACAGGAUUGGCCUGGCUCCUGCUGUCUAAGUGCUGAGUCUCCUCCAGGAAGCUGAGAGGCUGCCUCCAACACAGACCCAGACACACAUCCGGGGAUUCACAUCCAGGGUU